ACGUAUACGCAAUCUCGUCAUCUUUGUCGUGAGAUUCUCGUUUUAUUUUUUUCUCUCACCGAUAAUCAAAAUGAAAUUUUCUGCUUUUCGGAUUGUGCUUUUUCCAUCGUACGAUUUUGUUCUUUGCUCCUCUCCCCAAAUGAAUUAAUUGCUUUGGUUUUGCCGUUUUACUUUUCCUGGAAUCUGUUUCGGUUCUUUUUUUGGUUCUAGUCUAGAGGAGGAGGAGAAGGUGGGAUAUAUAAUCCGAUGGGCAACGCCGGAAGCAGCGGUGCCAACGCCCGACGGAGAAGCAACAGUAGCCGGAGGUCCUACCCUUCCGCACCCCCACCGCAGCAGCCGCAGCCUGAGAUCGGCCCCAAUAUGUACGUCUUCGCGGCUGCGACGCCUUACCCUCCCCAAUACCCUAACGCUCCGCCGUAUUACCAGUACCCCGGGUACUACCCACCGCCGCCUCCGUCCGUGCCGAUGCCUUUGCCGGCUCCCUACGACCACCACCACCACCACCACCGCAUGGACCCUAAUUGGGUCAGCGGUCGGUACCCCUGUGGGCCUAUGGUACAUCCGCCGACGCCCUAUGUCGAGCACCAGAAGGCCGUGACUAUACGAAACGAUGUCAAUCUCAAGAAGGAGACGCUGCGUAUCGAGCCAGACGAGGAGAACCCCGGACAAUACCUCGUCACUUUCACUUUCGAUGCCACGGUUUCAGGAAGCAUGACUGUCAUUUUCUUUGCGAAAGAAGGCGAAGACUGCCACUUGACCCCUGUAAAGGAAAGUCUGCUCCCGCCUGUGACAGUUCAAUUUCAACAAGGAUUAUCUCAGAAGUUUAGACAACCCUCUGGAACAGGUAUUGAGCUCUCAAUGUUCGACGAAGCAGAACUGUCAAUGGAGGGUGAAGUGGAUGUCUAUCCCUUGGCCAUUAAGGCAGAGGCAUUUCCAGAUGAUCAAGGUGAAUCAGCGGAUGGAAGCUCAGCUUCUGGGCCCACCAAUGCCCAGAUAACCCAGGCUGUGUUUGACAAGGACAAAGGUGAAUACCACACCAGGGUGGUUAAGCAAAUCUUAUGGGUCAGUGGCAUGAGGUAUGAGUUACAAGAGAUAUAUGGAAUUGGAAACUCAACUGAUGGGGAAUGCGAUGAAGGUGAUAAUGGGAAGGAAUGCGUCAUAUGCCUAUCUGAACCCAGGGACACUACUGUACUUCCUUGUCGGCACAUGGCAGCCCGUUGAUAGGCUCUUGGAGAUCAAGGUCAACAAUGACACCGAGGAAUGAAGCACUUGUUUGUUGCCUUCUCUUUUGUAAAGCUCUUUUGUUUCUCUUUUCGGUGCCUUGGGAUUUCUGUAAAACUGGUUCAGUUCCCAGAUAUAUAGUUGCUGCUUUCUCUGCUUUGCUCAACACUAUUUAACCUUAUUUGUGUUCUUUGACAAUUCUUUAAUAUAUGUUCAUAUAAAUGCUGGAAUUGGUGUAUUUUGCUUGAAACCAUAUUCGUUCAGCGAUCUUUUUUAAGGACUAGUUUCGUUUAU